AUGCAACAGGAGAUGAAACUCCAGAACAUCUUGUACAGCCCCUACAAGCGCAGCACUACUCUGAAAGGCCUGGUUGGUGUGGCGCCAAAUGGGGUUGUGACGUAUGUCAGCAAACUCUACCCAGGAUCCAACACGGACAAAGAUAUCGUGAAGGACUGUGGCGUGCUAAAACAACUGGUGCCAGGGGACCUUGUGCUCGCAGACAAGGGCUUCCUGAUCAGAGACCUCCUCCCUCCUGGAGUGAGCCUUAACAUACCACCGUUCCUCUCAACGCCACAAUUCACACCACAACAGGUCCUGCUGACGAAAUCAAUUGCCAGGGCCCGUGUGCACGUUGAGAGGGCGAUCGGUCGCAUUAAGGGCUACACGAUACUGGAAUACAUUCCAGUUACAUUUUUUCCCAUCGCCUCAAAAGUCUGGGAAGUCUGUGCUGCUCUAACAAAUUUCCAAAAUCCACUUCUGAAGGAAGCCGAACAGUUUUACAGGCCGAAGAACUAG